AUGAAACCUCCUGGGGUCACCGAGAAGCAAAUUAGACUUAGAGCCUUCCCCUUCUUGCUCAAGAAUGCAGCAAAAGAUUGGUUGUACUACCUACCUGCAGGUAGGAUCACCACAUGGGUACAAUUGAAAAAGAAAUUUCUAGAAAAAUACUUCCCCACAUCCCGAGCUGCAAGUUUGAGGAAGGAAAUAUGCAGCAUCAAGCAAUGUCCCGAAGAGUCCUUGUAUGACUAUUGGGAAAGGUUCAAUAAGUUGUGCACUAGAUGCCCACAGCAUCAAAUUAGUGAACAACUGUUGAUCCAGUACUUCUAUGAAGGGCUCCAGUCAACUGACAAGAGUAUCAUUGACGCUGCAAGUGGAGGAGCACUGGCGAACAAGACACCGAAGGAAGCAUGGGACCUAAUUGAAGCCAUGACAGAAAAUUCUCAACAAUUUGGCUCCCGUGAGAGCAACCCCACCCGCAGAGUCAACGAGGUAAAAACAUCAUCCAUUCAGCAGCAACUGUCGGAGUUGACGUCAGCUGUUAGGCAAUUAGCCAUAGGAAAUACGCAGCGAGCGAAAGUAUGUGAAAUCUGCACGAGUAUGGACCACUGUACGGAUACAUGCCCCCUUUUGCAAGAGAAUGGGGCGGAACAGGUAAAUAUGGCAGGGGGCGUGCCCGCGCCCCGCAGGCAGUAUGACCCGUAUUCCAAUACGUACAAUCCGGGUUUGAGAGAUCAUCCUAAUCUCAGUUACGGGAACAAGCAACAAAAUCUAUUCCCAAACCGUCCACCAGGAUUUCAGCAGUCAUGGCAAACAAAACCUCAACCUACGGCCUCCAAUUCAGGAAGCUCUCUGGAGGAUAUUAUCAAAACUUUGGCCACGACUACUACUCCGCUUCAGCAGGAGAUCAGAUCCUUGACCACGAAUACCACUCAACUCCAGCAGGAGACUAGAGUCUUAACCGUGAGCACUACCCAAUUCCAGCAGGACACCAAAGCGGGCAUGAAGGACCAAGAUGCUCGAAUAAGCCAACUGGCAACUGUCAUCAACCGCUUGGAGUCCCACGUCUAUGGGAAGUUGCCAUCGCAACCCAAGGCAAAUCUCAGGAAUGUAAGUGCCAUGACACUGAGGAGUGGCAAGGAACUGGAAGGACCUAAAGUGAAAAAUUCAAAAAGCAAAAGUGAGGAGGAGAUAGAGAAGGAAAUUAAAGAGGAAUGA